AUGUUCAUACAGGGUGGCCGGCGAAGCCUCAUAUCGCAUAAAGGGGAGCUCAACGUUCAUAGACUUAUACCUAAUAGAACUAAGGUUUAUCUCAACUGGUUAUAUGACACUUUCCCAUCUAUCAUAAGGCUCCACUAUGGUACUCUAUUCUUUGCAGUCUUCGUCGUAUAUGUUAUGGCCAUUUUCAUAUACGCACUAUGCUUACAGGCGAUUGAUCCGCGCUAUGCCUGUGCGAGUAGCGUUCGAUGCUUUUCUGACUACUACUUCUUCGUGGUACAGACCAUAUUCACCAUUGGUUACGGUGGUAAGGAGCCUCUAUGUUUUGGCACAAAUGUUGGGGUUACUAUUAUAUCUAUUCUGGGUAUGAUAAUGCAUACUGCUCUCACUGGUAUCGUCUUUGCCAAAUUCACACUAGACAAUUCCAGGAAUGUCGCAUGUGCUUUCUCGACACGAAUUCUGGCCAUCCCCCCGCCAUCUAGUGGAACUCCAACACAUGGUGAUGGUAACAGGGCUCCAGAAUAUGAUGAUGACCAUCUGCGGUUAUGUUUCCGUUUCGUCAACGAGGUGCAUUACUUUGAUACCUCUAUACCACUAGAGUUCAUGAGUCUACCAGUGGAAGUAUGUGCCUAUAUCCCACUAGAUAGGCUUGUGCUUCUGGACGAUGGCGAUGACGAUGAUGAUGAGGAUGUCUCUGAGGGCAAGGGCUUUGGUACUUUACUUCACGAGGCGGAUUUGACAGAUCUGAAUCGUUCUGCCGAUGACGAUGAUGGUAGCACUGAUCAGUUCAGCAAUCGGACAUGUCCAUCGACAACGCGUAGACGACUGAAUCGGGCAGCGAUCAAUCGAUCAGCCUUCAACAUGAAUACUAUCACUCUGGGCAGACAGAACUGGAUCCGCCAUUUUAGUGACCAGUAUAAACGUGCUGACGCUGAUGUGAAUGAUCGAACACUACCACCCUUACCGAAGGGGAGCUCGCUGGCUUCGGCUAGGUCUCGUGCAGCGACCCAUCCAGCCUGUGGGGUCUCUACUGGGGAGCUUCCUUCGCGAGUAGAGCGCAUGAGGACUAUCACGGGUAACAAGGACCAGUCUAGCUGCUUUGAAUUAGUAUGCACUAUAGAGUUUAUGGAUGCCACUACAGGUAACAAGAUCAAUGCCAGGAAAUCAUGGUCUCUAUCGGACGUCACGUGGAUGCCAGCGGGCACAGACAGCACCUUAUGCUGGGAGAAGAUCGUGCAGAGGGUUGGUGACAAUGGUUCGUAUAAUGUUGAUGUUAGCAACUUGGAUGCGCUGACUGAAGAAGGAUGGGAUCUCGCUGAGAUGAACGGCACUGAAGUGGCCGAGAGUGAUGACCACCCGAAGGUGUAUUGGUCUGGGGAGAAGCAAACGAGAGGGGAUACACCCAACUCUGGAAGCCCCCCAUCACGUGGUCGUACUUUCUCAGACUGGGGUAUCGAAUUUAGAGGCAGUGCAUUGCCGAUGGAUAAUAGCGAGUAG